GAUAAUUUGAUGUUCUCUUUCAUGCGUUGUGUUGUUUGUACUCAAGAAUAAUAUAAUAAAACAAAAAUUAAGUGUCAAUUUUAAAAAAAGUGCUGAAUUUUUUUGUAUACCAUAUACGCGUGUUCUUAUGAGAGUAAUUUGAAAGCGUGUUAAAAUCUUGUGUGUUCAGCUGAUCCCUUUCACAAAACAAAGGAUAAACGGGACUUGGUUGUUUUCUCUGCGCAUUUCACCAAAAGCCUGCCAACUUAUAUUUAUAUACAACUGAAUAUUUUGUAAUGCCAACUGCAACAAUCUCGUGAUAACCUUAGCAGUGAAGGUGGAGGUGUAUCGCGGUGUGUGGUAUGGGCGUGCGGUGAGGACCGGAGUGCUUCAACAAGAUGACGGAGGGAGAGCGACAACAGAGUGCGGGCGGCACCAACGCUGCACCGCAACACAGAAAAGGACACAGGAGGCAAGAGUCGAUGUACGCUAUGACGGGAUUGUACGCCGAGUCUACAUGCGCGGAGGGCGGCGCAGACGACUGUGCAGGGCCAAGCACACCGCCACACCCUUCGCACCCACCUCGGGAGCCCGGCAAGUGUCACAGCCGGAACCCUUCCGCCGGUAUAUGCGACAGGGAUCGGGAACGCGAAAAGGAGAAGCCCCGUCAAUUGUUUCCAGAAAUUCUAGACAUUCCUCAUGACACGAGAGACUGCGGGAUCUUAUCGUGGAGACCGCUUUUUAUCCAGAGAUUUUCUAGUAUUAAAGUAUUUGUAUUUUUCCUUUCGUUUCUGGUAACUUUACAACAAGCUUUAAGCUCCGGGUACAUAAACUCUGUGAUCACUACAAUAGAAAAACGCUUUGAAAUUCCUUCGAGUCUCUCGGGGCUCAUCGCUAGCAGCUACGAAAUUGGAAACGUCAUCACGGUGAUCUUCGUCUCAUAUCUCGGCAGUAGACGACAUAUACCAGUGUGGAUCGCAGUCGGUGCCGUAAUAAUGGGUAUCGGAUCAUUAGUAUUUGUCGUUCCCCAUUUCAUAGCCGAAGUGAACAGUGAAACAUUAAUGAACAAUAAAUCUGAUGACAACAUCUGUCGCUUGCCGAGAGCCUUAGACCAGGAUAUGGGCGGAUUGGGCCGAUUGUCUCAAGGUCUGCCACCGAGUAAUUUACGACCUGACAAUUGUAUCAAGAGUACACCGAGCACGUUUAUGCCAGUAAUGGUGUUCGUUGUAGCCCAACUGCUUUUGGGAUGCGGCGGAUCUCCUCUUUUAACACUUGGUACUACGUACGUCGAUGACCAUGUACGGCCUGAAUCAUCCAGCAUGUAUAUUGGAUGUAUGUACAGCAUGGCUGCUUUCGGGCCAGUUCUUGGUUUUCUACUGGGCGCAUACCUUCUUUCAUUCCACAUGGAUUCUUUCUCUGGCGCCAUCAUAUCUAUAGACCCCGGAGAUCACCGAUGGGUUGGCAUGUGGUGGGGAGGUUUCUUACUAGGCGGUCUUCUCCUGAUACUGGUCGCCAUCCCUUUUUUCUCAUUCCCAAAAGUGCUGGUUCGAGAAAAGGAAAAGAUAAGACUUGUAGAGAAGGCAGCCGCCGCCAGUGGUUCUGGAAGCGUGAAACCACCGAAACCACAGUCAGAUAUUAAAGACACAGGAUAUGGAAAAGAUAUUAAAGAUAUACCAGUGUCAAUGUGGCGUUUGCUCAAAAAUCCCGUGUACGUCGUGACGUGUCUCGGUGCAUGCAUGGAGCUUAUGAUCGUCUCUGGUUUCGUAGUGUUCCUACCCAAAUAUCUCGAAACGCAAUUCAGUCUCGGCAAGAGCCAAGCUAGCGUGUUCACUGGAUCCAUUGCAAUACCCGGGGCGUGCAUCGGCAUUUUUAUGGGCGGUUGUUUACUGAAGAGACUCGAACUAAGGCCGAAGGGCGCAGUGCAAUUUGUUCUUAUAUCAAACACCAUCUGCCUUUCCUGCUACGCAUUACUAUUCUUCUUGGGCUGCGACAACAUUAAAAUGGCCGGUACUACUAUACCGUAUACUAAUAACAGCAAUCUGGAGCCGUUUAAAGUCAAUUUGACUGCCGCGUGUAACUUCAAUUGCCUGUGCACCGAGACUGACAUGGAACCAGUAUGUGGAAACAAUGGACUCACGUACUUCUCGCCGUGUCACGCAGGCUGCGCGGCCUUCUCAUCUCGAUCCAAUUUUACUAACUGCGCAUGUGUGCACGAGAACAGUCGCGAGGUGGGCGUGGGGGGCGUGGGCGGCGUGGGCGGCGUGGGCGGGCUGGGCGCGGUGGUGAGCGGCGCGUCCGCGUCGGCGCUGACGGCGGGCGGCGCGCGCGAGUUCGGCAGCGAGGUGACGGUGGUGCCGGUGGCCACAGCCGGCGCCUGCAACCCGCCCUGCACCACCAUCUUCCCCUUCCUCGUGCUGCUCUUCUUCAUGACCUUCGUCGUCGCCGUCACGCAGAUGCCGCUUCUCAUGAUCGUGCUCAGAUCUGUAAGCGAGGAAGAACGGUCGUUUGCUCUGGGUAUGCAGUUCGUAAUAUUUCGCUUAUUUGGUUAUAUCCCGGCGCCGAUAGUAUUCGGCAAUCUCAUCGACUCGACGUGCAUUCUUUGGAAACAAUCAUGCAGCGGCGAAAAGGGCGGCCGCUGUUUACUCUACGACAUUGAACAAUUUAGAUACAGAUACGUCGGUCUAUGUGGUGGAAUAAAAAUCGUAGCGCUAGGUAUUUUCCUAGCUGACUGGUGGCUGGUACGACGUCGCAGAAACUUAGAAACUGUACCGCCACUCGAUCCUCACAAGGACAUAGCCGGCUCAAUAAUAAGUCUCGAUAAGCUUUUCGAAGAGCUGCCAUCUGCGGAUAACGCGAGCGGAUUUCGUUCCGGCUUGACUUCGGGCCCGAGCUCUGCGACCACGACGCCCAUGGAGGCCGGCGCGGUACCUGAAGGUAGCCAGGAACCGACCAGAGGCAAGCUUCAGAGAACCGAGUCACAAUACUCGCAAGAGUCGCAGUCGAGAGCCGGCGCCGGCAAGCCGCGAGUGCUGGUCGCCUCGCGACACCUGCGCAACGACUCCAAGACGAUCCAGCUGGAGCCGCGCGCGCGGCAACACUCGCUCGACGAGUCCGAGCGCGCCCGCCCCACGCGCAGCGACUCCAGAGACUCCCGCGACUCGCGCGCCGAUGCCUUCCCACGCUCCACCUCGCGAGACUUCCGCACUCACUCGCGCAGCGGCUCCCGCGACUUCAAAGUCCACUCGCGGUCCGACUCGCGAGACCUCAGUCUCGAGCAACUCAAGCAUCUCGCCCUAAAGAGCAUGGAGAGUCUCGACCUCACGGUGCUACCGUUGACGAAGUGCGUCGACGAGGAAAGCAAACGACUGAUAGAUGGCAGCGGUAUGCUUCGCCACCGUAGAACGAGCUCGAAAGACUUGAAACCGCACGAGACGAAACACAAGCGCACGUCGUCGCAUCACCUAACGAUGGAGCCGAGCGAGCUGAGCUUGCAGAUACAGAAGGGGCGCAGCGUGGACCAACUGGCGACGGCGCCGUUAGAGCCGCGCGUGUGACCGACGAACGAAACGCGGCCAGGCAGCGCGUGACGGUCGCGACCUGAAUCUCGAUUAGUGAUCGGGCGACGCAGACACUCCACGGUAGUCACUAUUUGAUAUAGCGAUACUGAGUGUGAUAAUCGAUUUAGUGAAAUUUAUAGUAGUUAAGUUCAGAUAGGACUCACAUUCUAGUUCUAAAGCUCUAGACAUAGAUAAAUGAGUGAUUUCGAAUCAUAUCUUAAAGUAGUGAAACUUAUCGAACUCGAAUUUUGGCUUGUAUCUAUCCUCGGUGGGUAGUUUUUAAAAUCUUAACAAGUUUAAUUUGAUCUAGAAUAAAAAGUCAAUUGGAAAAACAUUGCCUUCGUGUAUUGAUACUUCAAUAACAAUUGCAAUUUUUGGUGUUAGUUUUAAACUUAGCCACUGUGGUAUACCAAACACGGACAUACU